UGUAAGAUUGCUCUACAUCUCCGAAGAACAAUACUGGCUUGUACAUACUAAUAAUCUUGACUUUUCAGCAACAACAGUACAAAAAAUGUCUUUAGAUGGGAGUUACACACAUGUGCCUAGUGAGCUUGCCAACAUUUUUAAUAAAGUAACUUUUGAUGAGGUGAUACACAGAAGACUGAAGGAGGAAAAUCAACAACUGAAACAGAUUGUUGAAUGUCUCAGUUGGAAGAUUGAACGCGCCAAGACUUCUGGAAAUGCUACCACGGAACCAGACCUGCACGCAGAGUAUGAACUACUAGCAAGUCGAAACAACACACUCCGUGCACAACUCAGGUCGGUUCAUGCAGCGCUUCAUGAGACAGGGAGCAGMUAUAUGGAAACAAGAGAUUCUGUGCRUUUUUUUGAAGUCGUCCAACAGUCGCUCAGAAGAAAACUCCAGGAGCUUCUGAUAGACCUGAAGGAGGCAGAGCUGAUGGCUGAUAUGCAAUCUGGAGAGAGGGACGACCUUUGCGAUGAAAUUGACUUCAUGCAUCGCCAACGUGAGAGAGCACGUCAAGAAAUUGAGAACCUGAACAGGCAGAACAUGGAUUUGAUGAGGGAAAAUGCUCAAAUGAGAGAAAGGCUGGGUGAACCAGAACAGCAAGAGAACCAGGAAUCUCCAUCAGUUCUGAGAAAAGUCCUUACAUGGUUACUGGAUGUUCUUGAGGAACUGGUUGUUCUAGAAAAUGUCCCCACAAGGAGCAAUGGUCCUCAUAACCCCAUACUGUGCAUGAUUGGGUUCUCUCCGGGUUAUCCCAGUACACACGGGAUAUCUUUCUGUGGUGACUGGUUGAGCGGCUUACCUGGAACAUGUGUGCUGGGAGACACAGCGUGGAUUAACUGGAGCAGCCACUGA